AUGGCAGAACAGAUCAGCCAUAAGAAGUCUCUCAGAGUGAGCAGACUGAGCAAGGACCGUAGACUGCUUUUGAAGGAGUACUAUCAAUUGGAUGAGCCGCAAAGCGCCGAAGUUGAAACAGCGCCACCGAUGAAUGGCGAAGCCGCCGAAGAAACUGGUGCUGGAGAGUCGAAUAAAUCUGAUAUGGGGGAUAAACCCAUCGAUCAAUGCAAAUUUGCCGAUCUGAUGCGAUUGCACAACAGCUUGUUGAAGAAGGAAACCGAAACGAAUAACUCGAUCAAGAAUACGAUUUAUGAGAAUUAUUACGAUCUGAUCAAGGUAAAUGACUUGUUAAAAGAGAUGUCGCAAUCCAAUGAGCCUUUGCUCGAUCGUCUUAAGGAUUUGACAGGAUUAUUACAGGAGGACUAA